CAUAUAAAAAUUGUGACGUGGUGUUACGUUUUGGUCAAGUUGGCGACGUGUGUUAACCGUUAGUUUUCCCUUUUGGAAGGUUGACGUUGUUGGCCACAUCAAAGUGAAUACGGAAGACGGUGUUACAGUGCAACAGUGAACUGAAUUAACUAUACCAGGGAUGCCCGCUUCACCGAGCACCACGUCUGUCGGGUCAGGCAGCAGGUCCCCUACCAAAGCUGUGGCUCCAAGGAGCGCUAGCGGAGGAACUGUGAGACAAAGGAAGACCACCACCACGACGUCUGCGCGCAACCGGACGACGGGCACCAGCAGCGGAGGCAUGUGGAGGUUCUACACGGACGACUCGCCCGGCAUCAAAGUUGGGCCCGUGCCAGUGCUGGUGAUGUCGCUGCUCUUCAUCGCGUCGGUGUUCAUGCUGCACAUCUGGGGCAAGUACACCCGCUCCUAGACGGCCGCGGUGCCGCCUCCUCGUCAUUCCAAGUCUGCCUGCUCUGUGGUGUGGGGUUGUCUCCGUAAAUAAAUAUACAAGUUUUUUUUUUUUGGAUAAAAUUGUUUGUACUUAUUUAUCUGUUUCUGCAACUAGGAAAAUUUACAUAAAAUCGUCAGUAUAAAAAUAGUUAUCUGAAUCUGUUCAACAAACAUACAAGAUAUUUUAAAAUUUAAAUAUCAGUCUAUAUAUUAAACACAUCUACAUCCAGAGUUUGGUACAGAAUUUUUUUUUCUACUAAAUGACAGUUAAGUGAAACACCAUCUGAAGCAUGUAUUGUACACACAGUGGAACCUCGCUACUGGGAGACUGCCAAUGGCGGGAAAUAUCCUCAUAAGUAUGAGUACUCUGAUAACCGAAUAUAGAAAACUGAAGUGUCUUAGAUUCAUGAACCUUCCAAAAAUGUCUUCAGUUUCACACUAUAUCUCGAAAAUGGUGCGAUGUAGUGAAAAAAUACAUAGAAUAAAAUUUGUAGCAAAUUAAGUUACGAAUAAUAAAAGUUGCUGUGAAUUUUA